CUUUCCAGGCACUCUCAGGUGGAGCAGAGCAAAAGCCUUUGGAAUCAUUAUUUUCUCAUCGCAGCAGCUAUUUAAAAUGCCUGGGAAGAUGGUCCUGAUCUUUGGAGUCUCAAAAAUACUUUGGAUAAUGACUGCAGCUUCUCAAGCUUUCUAUAUUGAGACUGUCCCUGAAUUCAGAUCUCUUGCCCAGAUUGGUGAUUCCGUCUCAUUGAUCUGCAGCACCGUGGGCUGUGCAUCCCCUUCUUUCUCUUGGAGAACCCAGAUAGACAGCCCACUGCAUGCAAAGGUGACAAACGAGGGGACCAAGUCCAUACUGACCAUGGAUCCUGUUAGUUUUGAGAACGAACACUCAUACCUGUGCACAGCAACUUGCGGAUCUGAGAAACUGGAAAAAGAAAUCCAGGUGGAGAUUUACUCAUUCCCCAGAGAUCCAGAGAUUCAUUUGAAUGGCCUCCUGGAGGUUGGCAAAUCCAUUACAGUCAGGUGUUUGGUCCCUGAUGUGUAUCCGUUUGAUAGGCUGGAAAUGCAUAUACUGAAAGGAGAUUAUGUCAUGAAGAAUCAUGAAUUUCUUGAAGAUAUGGACAGGAAGUCUUUGGAAACCAAGAGUUUGGAAGUAACCUUUACUCCAGUCAUUGGGGAUAUUGGAAAAGUCCUUCUUUGCAGAGCUAAGUUACACAUUGAUGAAGCUGAUUCUGUACUGAAAGAAAGGGUGGCAACCAAAGAACUGCAAUUGUACAUUUCACCCAAGAACACAAUUAUCUCUGUAAAUCCUUCCACAAAGCUGCAAGAGGGUGACUCUGUGACAAUGACAUGUUCCAGCGAGGGUCUGCCAGUUCCAGAGAUUUUCUGGAGUAAGAAACUCGAUAAUGGAAAUCUACAGCGUCUCUCUGGGAAUGCAACUCUCACUUUAAUUGCUAUGAGGAUGGAAGAUUCUGGAAUUUAUGUGUGUGAAGGAGUUAAUCAGAUUGGGAAAGAGAAAGAAGAGGUGGAAUUAAUUGUUCAAGAGAAACCAUUUGCCAUUGAGAUCUCCCCUGGACCCAGGCUUGCUGCUCAGAUAGGAGACUCAGUUGUGCUAACAUGCAGUGUCAGGGGCUGUGAGUCUCCAUCUUUCUCUUGGAGAACCCAGAUCGACAGCCCUCUGAAUGGGAAGGUGCGGAGUGAAGGGACCACAUCGGUGCUCGAACUGAGUCCUGUGAAUUUUGAGAAUGAGCACUCUUACCUGUGUACCGUGACCUGUGGACAUAAAAAACUGGAAAGGGGCAUUCAGGUGGAGCUAUACUCAUUCCCUAGAGAUCCAGAAAUUGAGCUGAGUGGUCUACCAGUGAGCGGGAGCCCCGUGAGUGUAACCUGCAAAGUUCCCAGUGUGUACCCUUUUGACCGGCUAGAGAUUGAACUACUCAAGGGAGAGACUGUGUUAAAGAACAAAGAAUUUUUGGAGGAAUUGGAUAGGAAGUCUCUUGAGACCAAAAGUUUAGAAAUGACCUUCAUCCCCACCAUGGAAGACACUGGCAAAGUUCUUGUUUGUCAGGCCAAGUUACACAUUGAUGAAAUGGAAUUUGAACCCAAACAAAGGCAGAGUACACAGAGACUCUUUGUCAAUGUUGCCCCAAGAGAUACAGCCGUCUUGGUCAAUCCUUCUUCCAUUGUGGUGGAGGGAAGCUCUGUGAAUAUGACAUGCUCUAGUUACGGCCUCCCAGCCCCUAAAAUCCUGUGGAGCAGACAGCUAAAUAAUGGAGAUCUACAGCCUCUUUCUGAAAAUACAACUUUAACCUUAAUUUCUACAAAAAUGGAAGAUUCUGGUAUUUAUGUGUGUGAAGGGAUUAACCAGGUUGGAAAGAGCAGAAAAGAAGUUCAAUUAGUUAUCCAAGUUGCUCCAAAAGAGAUACAGCUGACAGCUUUUCCUUCUAAGAGUGUCAAGGAAGGCGACACUGUCAUUAUCUCCUGUACAUGUGGAAAUGUUCCAGAAACUUGGAUAAUCCUGAAGAAAAAAGCAGAGAGCGGAGACACAGUGCUGAAGUCUAUAGAUGGUGCAUACACCAUCCGCAAAGCCCAGCUGCAGGAUGCGGGCGUGUAUGAAUGUGAAUCUAAAAAUGAAGUUGGCUCACAAUUAAGAAGUAUAACACUUGAUGUCAAAGGAAGAGAAAACAGCAAGGACUAUUUUUCCCCUGAACUUCUCGUGCUCUAUUGUGCAUCCUCCUUAAUAAUACCUGCCAUCGGAAUGAUCAUUUACUUUGCAAGGAAAGCCAACAUGAAAGGGUCUUACAGUCUUGUAGAAGCACAGAAAUCAAAAGUGUAGUGAGAGUUUGAAAUGUUCAUCCAGAGAUACUAUUUAUCUGUCCCAAAUACUGCUCAUCAUUCCACAAGCAAAACACAUUUAUAAACUUCCAUGAAUGUAUUCAAUGUGGAAAGAGAUGGGUGCCUAUACCCUUGUUGUGGUGAAGAAGCCGAAGGAAAACUUUCUGCAUGAAAAAUAGUGACUGCUAUGAGAUGAGAUGAGAUGAGAAGACUGGAAGAGUUCCCCGAAGUGUAAAUAAAACAUUGUAUAUAUGUAAAAUGCAAUUAUGCUGUAGCAAGUUGGCUUGGACUACCAAUAAUCAAUAAUCAGAUUGCUAAAAUAAUUAAGCAGUGUUACUUAAACUGUUAUAACUUAGUGCAUCUGAGGAAAAUUUAAGAUUAAUCUCAACUGGCAGCUUACCCAAGUCAUCUUUUUUUAAUAUUGUGUUUCUUUUAACAAAAUUUUAUUCUUAAUGUUUUAUUGUCAAUAAUGUUAUGUCUUAUAAAGAUGCUAGGGUUUUACUUUUUACUGGCAAACUGAUAAAGAGGGCAAUGGAUUGACUUCCAGGUACUAAAGUAUGUCAACCUAUGAUAAAAAGGUUGACUGGGCUUUUCUAUAUGGUACUGGUAUGGUACGUAGAAGUUCUAUAAUGUUUCUUAUUCAGAUUCUUUCAUAGCUUUACCAAUGUGGUCUAGAAAUGGAAUUUCUUUUGAUUAUUUUUGUAAAUGCUUUUUGUUUGUAGAGUAAAGUGAUAAUAU